AUGGUUGGAGCCUUGGUGGGUGCAAUCGUUGGAUCAUUGCUCUCUGUAUCCCUUAAGGCGGCUUAUGACAAGUUGACUUCUCCUGACGUUGUCAACUACUUCAAGCGAAAGAACAAUGAUUUAUUGCUGACAAAAUUGAAGAUGCUACUGAAUUCUGCUGAUGCAGUACUCAUUGAUGCGGAGGAGAAGCAAAUUACAAACUCAACCGUGAAAAAGUGGCUGGACGAUCUUAGAGAUGCUGUUUAUGUUGCGGAUGACCUCCUGGAUGACAUAGGCACUGAAGAUUUAGUAGCUGAAUUUUCGGAUGAUAAUGAGGUACGUAAAUUCUUAUCUGAUACAUUUAAUUCGUUUGACAAUCGGAUAAAAUCAGAUCUGAAAAAAAUCGUGGAAAGGUUAGAAAAUGCUAUGAAAGAAAAGGAUGUCCUUGGUCUGAAAGCGUUUGCUGAAUAUGGUGUAUAUGGUAGAGAUAUUGAUAAGCAGGAGAUAUUUAAGAAGUUGGUAUCAGAUGGUAAGGUUAGUGGGGAUGGGAUUAGUGUUAUUCCUAUAGUGGGCAUGGCUGGGGUUGGGAAAUUUGAGGUGUCUUAUAAAGCUGAGGGUUUGCGGACCUUCUUGGGACUAAAAUCAUCAUUUGAGCUGUCUUCACCAUCAAAUAAGAUAACACUGAUGGUGACAGAUGGUUUGCUGCAAAAAUUUCAGUGUUUACGGGUGUUAUCAUUUUCUACCUAUAAAAACAUAAUGGUGCUUAAAUCUAUUGAUAAUUUGAAACAUCUACGUUAUUUGAAUCUUAGUAGCACUAACAUCCAAGACUUACCUGAUUCUGAGUGUAGAUUGCAUAAUUUGCAAACCUUGUUAUUGGGGGAAUAUCGAUUCCUUGAAAACUUGCCAAUCAACAUGGUAAGCCUAGUAAACCUACGGUACCUUGAUAUAAGUGGAACUGUUUUGAAUGAGAUGCCAUUACAGAUGGGUCAAUUAAGAAGCCUCCAAAAAUUAAAUUCUUUUGUUGUGGGAAAAGACAGCAGUGAAGAUGCCAAGGAGGUUAAUUUGAAGGAUAAAAAGUACUUGUCAGAGUUGGAGUUGCAAUGGGGAUGGGGCCAUAUCAUCUCCCAGGAUGGAAAUGAAAUAGAUGUGCUGAAGCAUUUGUGUCAUCAUACAAACUUGAAAUCUCUCACCAUCCGAUGUUAUUAUGGUAAAACAUUUCCAAAUUGGUUAGGAGAUACUUCAUUCUCUAAUAUGGUGUCCCUGAAGCUUUGUGAUUGUGAGUGUUGCUCGGCCUUACCUUCACUUGGAAGUCUACCUGUCCUGAAGAAACUCUCAAUUGAAGGCUUUAAUGACGUGGUAAAUGUGGAUAAAGAGUUCUAUAGGAAUGACUCCAUUACAACUACGCCAUUCAAAUCCCUCGAAACAUUAACAUUUAAAACGAUGCCAAAGUGGAAAGAAUGGGCCACAUUUGAAGGUGACAUUUUCUCUACUCUUCGAGAACUUCACAUUAUUAACUGUCCCGUGCUAAUUGGGAAUCUACCCAAAACCCUUCCCUCUUUAACUGUACUUGAAAUUAUAAAUUGUAAGCCGCUUGUUGCUUCACUUUCUAGUUUUAUGGCUCUCCGUGAAUUGCACUUGACAGACUGUGAUAAGGUGCAAUUGAGGAAAGUACCAACUAGUCUCCAAAGUCUCACAAUUGGAGGAUGCCAUACACCUUUCCAAAUGGGUGGUCUACCCGGUACAUUAAAAUCACUUGUAAUCUCUGGGAUAUUACAAUUGUCAAGGGAUUAUAACUAUCCAUCAGUUGAAACCUUGAAAGUAAAGAAGGGCCCUGGUUUGCUCUGGUCUUUACAACUAGAGUUAUUCCCAAAUCUCAAACGAGUUGAAAUGUUGGACUGUGAACAUCUUCAAUCUCUUUCCAUAUUGGAGCAAUCUUGCCAGAGUCUUACUUCUCUUACUUGUUUGGAAAUCAAAAAUUGCCGUAAUUUUGUGUCCUUUCCUCGCAGUGGACUUUGCGCCCCAAAUUUAAGAAAGAUUGAAGUUUCUGAUUGCCAAAAGUUAAAGUCACUACCUGAUAGUAUGCACACCCUCCUCCCAUCUCUUAUGGCUUUGAUAUUGAUUCGGUGUCCAGAACUCGAAUCAGUUGCUGACUGCAGUUUUCCCUCCAACAUACAAAAACUUGAAAUCAGCUACUGUGACAAUUUUUUUCCUUCUUACAUGCAGUGGAGUUUACAGAGUCUUCACUCUCUCAAAGAAUUCAUUAUUGCCUAUCGAGGCAAUAAAGUGGAUUCCUUUCCGAGUAAGGCUUCGUUGCCCCCUAGUCUUAUCCGAUUCUCCAUCUUAACUUUUCAAAAUCUGAAAUUGCUGGAUGGUAAGGGACUUCAACACCUUACCUCGCUCCAAGAAUUGUCGAUUAUUUGGUGUAAGAAUCUUGAGAGCUUACCAGAAGAGGGCUUGCCAGAUUCACUUUCCUUCCUAUAUAUAUUGACAAGUGCUGUAAGCUGA